UAGAGCGAGACGCGCGUGGGCAAGGGAGGGAACUCUGCCCAUGACUGACUUGAAACAAUUUCUUGUGUUGAGUGUGUGGGACAGGGCAAGAACAAACUUUCAUCAAUUUGUGACAAGCGCGCGAUUGUAACGACGAACCAGCGCUGAUUGUAAUACCAGUUAUUAGACUUUAGGGAAAGUUCUUAAGAUAGGACGAGAAUUCGAGGAAAAUCGGGAAUUUUUCGGUUAUUCACUACUUUAGAAAAACAAGUUUGUUUUCGGUUUUAAGAAGUAGGGCCAAUGGACGAAAAUUUACUCUAACGGUUAUUUUGACGCUGAGGCUUGUCUGGUUCUUUUUAAAAUAGUGAACAUUUUUGACAAGGCUGACAUUACUCAAACGCCUAGUGACCUUUCUGCUGCCAGUUGAGAAGAGCUUUUUAUUACCUCAGAAGUAACUUUAACGCUGACUUGAAAUUUAGGUCGGUGUAUCUUCUUUAAAAACUUUCUUUUGAGGAGCCCAAUAUUUAAAUAGAAGACACUUGCUUUCUUUUUUUUAAACCAAACUGUCAUAUUAUGGUAUACCACGCGAAUCAAAGAGAUCAUAUAUGAAAUAAGUAUUGUGUUUUUGUUUUGCGGCCUUGUGAACUAUUCAAGAAAUGUUAUAGUUUGUGCUUGGAGAGAAACAUUUCAACGUUAUCUACUGCGUCUCAGAAGGUUACCGUGGUUCCCAUCAGUUAACCGUGAAUCCGGUCAAGUAGAAAAGACCCCGCAACACCCUGGAGCACGCAUAGAGAGGGGAGGAAAGAAACAAAAAAAAAGAAAGGAAACCUUUGGUUUUGUUCACAACUUCAUCUCCUGCUGCAGGAUGUGUGGAAAAUGUUCAAAAUAACGAAGUAUCUCCCCGGAAAACUCUGUCUCAAGCAAUCACGGAUCGUAAGAUCAGCUGUUGUAAUAACCUGACAACUGAUGCUUAAUUCACAUUGUCGACAGUCUUCGACCUGCAUAGGCCUGACUUUUAAAGCUGAGAAUACGAGACAUUCUCUUCUACAUCUUCAGAGGGAGUAUUAAAAAAUGCAUCUCUCACAGGAUAUAAGGACAAUACAGAAACAUUAAGUGAAGUUUGAUUACAAAUGUGAUUUAUGUUGUCUUUCCCUGCAUACUAUUCUCAGAUUUAUAAAUGAAUGCCACAGAUGUAAACUUGGUCUUAUCUAGCUAAUCUUUGUAGGCUGCCUACACUUGUAAUGAGAUCCACGGCCGUAACAUAUUCAAGGACGUCACAUCUGUCUACUUUAUUAGCCAAGUUUAUUAUGCGCUCUAUUGACCACUCCCUGUCGAUAGCAAAGUCAAACAAGGACAUGGAAUAAAAACCUCCAAUUCUCAUCCGUUCGCAAUCGACUUGGAUUCUCAUCUCUGUAUCUACAAAUAAUUAUUUUAUCGAGGACGGUUGACGUUUCUUUUGAAUUGCGUAUACUGCAUUGAAGUGCUCCUGAGACUAUAACAAAGAACCAGAAACAGAUAAUUUAAUAGUCAGUAGAAAAUUGUGUACACCACAGUGGACGUAGAAGAGGUCUGAGUCUCUUAGACCUCAAAACAUAGUGACCCUCUCUACCUCCUCCAACAACAUGCGAGAAGCUUCCAACAUGAGCACGACGACAGGAUCGUCCAACGACACCAGCCUCUCGCCCCUUGCCAUGAUGAAGGCCCAUAUGGACCGGAACGCCUGUAUGGAGUUCUGUUCCGCAAACGUUUGCUCCAGCCUCGACCUGGCUGUGGAGUGUGUGCAGGAUUUUAUCUUCCCCACGUCCUUGGAGUGGCUGUUUAUCUGUCUGCAUCUUGUUCUCUUCACCAUUGGAGUCGUGGGCAACUUUCUCGUAUGCUUCGUGGUUCUCCGCUCUAAGCACAUGCAGACGGUGACUAACCUGUUCAUCGUGAAUCUGGCGGGAGCUGACGCCGUGGUCCUGGUGCUCUGCUCGCCCUCCACAGUGCUGCAGGCCGUCACGGAGAGCUGGUUCCUGGGAGAGGCCAUGUGCAAGGUCGUACAUGUUUUUCAGAUCACAGUGGUCAGCGUGUCUGUGUUGACUCUUUGUGCAAUCGCUGUGGAGCGCUACUUCGCCAUCUGCCGACCUCUCAAGUCCCGCAUCACUAUGCGCAAGGUCACGGUCACCAUUGUCAUUAUCUGGGUCAUCAGUGGCGCUCUCGCCUCGCCAAACUUCCACAACAGUGUCAUCAACACGUUCCACCAAGAGGAACUGAGCAAGUACCUGAAGAUGUGUGCUACUAAUUUGGAAAAUAAGAUGAUCUACGACAUGUUUCUGGUUAUCGCUCUAUACCUCGUUCCCAUGGUGGUCAUCGGUAUCUUCUAUCUCAUCAUCUCACACCACCUGUGGCAUGUCAGAGUGCCAGGAACCAUGCUCAGAGGUUGGUAAAAAGUAACUAGGUUUUGUUAUCUGAUUGUAAUAUACUAUUGCUUUCUCUGUAUUGUGGUUGUUGCUGUUAAUGUUCCCCCUUUA